AUGUCAAUUUAUGGGUGCCUUCAAAGACAGUCGAUCAGGGUCUUUUCCCUGCAUUGCUCGAUUUUGAGGCAAAUCUAUACACGAACAACACUCAACCCGACAAACUUCACUCUAAGAGAGCCAAAGAAUAUCUCGUCUAAAUGUGUUUUGGUGUUAGCCACUCAGAAUGUAUUACAUGAUGUUAUCAAAGAAUCAUUGAAACAUCAUGAAAAGACUGACCUACAAAUUGUAGUAGCGGGCAUUGACUCAGUUACUCCAAAUUCACAAAGAAACGGUGUUUCAGAGAUGUGGCUCGAUCAGUACGUGAAAUUACAUGAUGCAAAUCUCUUAAGCGAAAGGGACGAUUUUGACAGUGCUCCAGAAGAGCAUGAAGAUCCUAAGUCAGUCAAAUCAAGAAAAAAUUGGAAGCAAAUUGAUAAAUGUUUAAAAAUUAAUUUCUCAGAGCAUUCUAGAGUUGAACUACAGCCCAGUAACACACUUUUCUCUACAGGAAAUUUGGUUACGAUGUUCUAUCUCCAGCCCAGACAUUUAAAAGAUCAAGCAUCAGGGCAAAUUUUAAAUAAUCUUACGAUUGACCUUUCCUCUGGCAUAAUUCCAGAAAGUCCACCUACAGAAAUAUAUGACAAAUGGACUCCAUUGCAUUCACAGUCUGAUGAAACCUUGAAGAUCACAGACUGUGUCGGAAAUUUAGUGAAAGCCAUUAAUAAGAAAUCUGCCGCUGGAUACCUUGAGUCAAAUGAGAUGCUUUCAAAUAUUUCUUCAAAGGAUACUGAAGUUUAUGUCAAGAUAUUUCCAAGAAGUAAUAAUCACAUCUUACGGUACAAAGUGAUAGCAGGGGGUGGCGGCUGGGGUUCCAAGGCCAAUAUCCUUGUACUCUCUCCAAAUGCAAAUAUUCACAAAGGCGACAAGAUUGAAUUUUACAUGCUUACUCCAGAAGAUAAGAAACACAACAAUAACCCCAUGUCAAAGCUUCCGCAGUCACUGGAGGUAAUCAUUUUUGAGCGCACCUAUGAAGAGUUUUCGUACAACUCCGAGGAUUGCGGAGUAGAGGAGGUUUUAGAAAAUGUCUUUGGUUGCGGAUGUGAGGCAGGCUUCAAAUACAACAAUAUAAUGUAUGUCUCCUCCGGUGAGAGAUUAAUUGUUUUAUUGUAG